AUGGCCUACUCACCUAAGACAAUAGCCUACUCAUCUAUAAAGACAAUAGCCUACUCAUCUAAGACAAUAGCCUACUCACCUAAGACAAUAGCCUACUCAUUUAAGACAAUAGCCUACUCAUCUAAGACAAUAGCCUACUCACCUAAGACAAUAGCCUACUCAUCUAAGACAAUAGCCUACUCAUCUAAGACAAUAGCCUACUCACCUAAGACAAUAGCCUACUCAUCUAAGACAAUAGCCUACUCAUCUAAGACAAUAGCCUACUCACCUAAGAUGAUAGCCUACUCAUCUAAGACAAUAGCCUACUCAUCUAAGACAAUAGCCUACUCAUCCAAGACAAUAGCCUACUCAUCUAAGACAAUAGCCUACUCAACUAAGACAAUAGCCUACUUAUCUAAGACAAUAGCCUACUCACCUAAGACAAUAGCCUACUCAUCUAAGACAAUAGCCUACUCAUCUAAGACAAUAGCCUACUCAUCUAAGACAAUAGCCUACUCAUCUAAGACAAUAGCCUACUCAUCUAAGACAAUAGCCUACUCAUCUAAGACAAUAGCCUACUCAUCUAAGACAAUAGCCUACUCAUCUAAGACAAUAGCCUACUCAUCUAAGACAAUAGCCUACUCAUCUAAGACAAUAGCCUACUCUACCAUUUCACCAUUACUUCGAACAAAAUCAGUAAUUUUUGAGACAUGUCAGUCCAACGGGAACUAA